AUGUUAUAAUUUGUUUGUGUAAUUAUAUCGUUGGUAUCUGGAAGAAAUCCAAUAAUUACAUAAUUUGUAAAUGAAAUAAAGACAACAUGGACAGUAAAGAGAUGUCUUAAUUAAUUUAGGCUACAAAUUAUGAAAGAUGGGAUGAUAAAUCAGAUGAGUUUUUUUUUAAAUACUUUAAUGUAAGAAUAGAUCCUAAUGAAUAAAUUGAAUUAAAAUAUUAUGAAAAAUUAGAAGAAUUACCUUCAAGUUUUUCAUCAACAGAAAAAUGGCCUGGCUGUAAUUCUAUAAAAUUAGUUUAUGAUCAAGGAAACUGUGGAUCUUGUUGGGCAGUAUCUGCUGCUUCAACCAUGAGUGAUCGUCUUUGUAUCUCUUCUGGUUAAAAAGAUAAAAGAUUAAUUUCAGCAGAAGAUCUUUUAAGUUGUUGUGGUUAUAAUUGUGGAUUUGAAGAAGGUUGUGAAGGUGGAGAACCAAUGGGAGCUUGGAAAUAUUUCAAUGUUUAUGGAAUUGUUACAGGAGGCUUAUAUAAUGAUUUUAGUUAUUGUAAAUCAUAUUCAUUUCCUCCUUGUAGUCAUGGAAAUAAUUCUGGCAAAUAUUCUAAAUGUGAUGACGAUAUAUUUAUUUUAAUGAAAACACCUUAUUGUAUUAAAAAAUGUAAUGCUUAAUCUUUAAGAACUUAUGAACUUGACAUCAUUAAAUCUAAAGAAACUCCUAAAAAAAUUACUAAAAAUGAAGAAUAGAUUAAAAAUGAAAUCUAUUUGAAUGGACCUGUCUAAGCAGUAUUUACUGUUUAUGAUGACUUCUUAAAUUAUAAAUCAGGAGUAUAUUAACAUAUUCUAGGAUAAGAAAGAGGCAAACAUGCAGUUAAAAUUAUAGGAUGGGGAACUGAAAAUGGAAUACCAUAUUGGGAAGUUGUUAAUUCAUGGAAUGAUGAAUGGGGUAUAAAUGGUAAGUUUAAAAUAUUAAGAGGAUCUAAUCAUUUAGGAAUUGAAGAAUAUGUAAUUGCAUCAAUUAUUUGA